AUGACAUCGUCGAACGGCGCACAAGGAAACAGAAUGUGGGAACUCACUGACUACGAAAUCCAGCGAUCUCCCCAGGAAUUGCUUCCAGACUCUAGCCUGGUAGUAGUGGACGAAAGUGUUCGCGAAGAGCUCACGUGCCCCAUUUGCCUGGGCCUUCUCUACAACACCGUCGCGACGAGAUGCCUGCACCGGUUCUGCGAGGUGUGCAUCACCACAUCACUUCGCCGGUGCAACAACUAUUGCCCCACCUGUCGCCGCAAGAUUCCCUCGAAGAGAUCGCUGCGGCGCGACCAUCGCAUGGACGCUCUGAUCGCCGCGCUCUACCCGAACGGCGACGACGAGGAGGACGAAGCGAGACGCGCGGCUGCACCUCGUGAGUUGUCGAGUAGCCAGCCGUUGCAGGCCGGGCUACAGGGCAUGCCUCGUCGAGGAGGCGAGCAGCACGCUUUGCAAGGACCACCGUACCAGUGA